AUGGACACAGCAGAGUCCAUCCCUGAUGAACACCUGAUCAAAAGCGAAAAGAGGCAAGAUCUCCAAGAGAUGCUGACAGAAGUGGGGCUGGCGGCUGAGUACUGGUUGCCCACACUGCAGGAACAACUAGGCGUGACCUGUGCCCAAGCCUUACAACACCUAGAAGAAAAAGACCUCUUGAAGCUAAAAUCCCAGGCACAACAUUCUUGGGAAACAGGGGCCCUGGAGAAACUGCUUAAUCUGUCACACUCAAAUAGCCUUUCAAAGUUACAGGAGUCUCAGAAGGAGCGGAUCUUCCAGUCAGAAAUACACCAAGAGCAAGUCAACAUCUCUCAAUUUUCUGAAUUCAUUAAAACCCUAAAAGAAAUCCAAAAUGACUUCAAAAAAGUGAAGACCAAAACUGAGUCCCAGGACACUGUAGAGAAAGCUCAAAGAAUGGCCACUUAUGAGGUCAGCUUGUCACUGAAAUCCUUCUCGGAGAAGCUGCAACAAACAGACCAGCCAGACACACAGCUCUUGCUACUGUCCAUUGCAGCUGGUGCAGGAUACCAUGUGGUGAACAAUACUUUUCAGUAUCUCCUGGGGUUUGAUGAAUUAGACUGCUUACUGCAUGAAAUACAAAUGGCCCAUGAUAAAUACCAGGAGCUCAAAAAUCUUUGCAGCUACAGGGCUCAGGCAUUCCUGGUGCUCACAGGGCUGACAACCACAGUUGGAAUCACAGCUAUUUCUGAAGAGGAGAAAUCAAAACGUUUGUCAUUAAUGAGACAUCAUAUGGAACAAUCACUCUCUAAAGAAGUUGCACAUGUUCUCACCAAACUUGGGGCACAUCACAACUGGGAAAACCUAGAGAAAGAUUUGCAAUUGCUCAUUGAUGGAGAUUUUGAAGCCACUGUAUCUUCUCUGCAAAUGGAGGAUGAAAAAAAACAAUUGAAAAGUCUCAGCCAUACAAAUAAACAGCCCCAUGUGGCAGAUGAUAAUAAAAAUAACAGAACAAAACUGAUAGAAAAUGGAACCUUCCUAAGCUUGCUACAGCGUCUAGGACUAGAGCAUCACUACCCAAAGAGGCUGGGGAGAGCUGACUUCCAUCUGAUUUGUAAAAACUCUGUAUACAACACACAGCCCAGUUCUGAACAAGAGCUUCCAUUUUAUUUUCUGCAGAAGCUGCUGGUGCUCGAUUAUGAGCUGAGAUACCUGGUUUCCAAAGAUGGUGGAAACACAGAGGACCCAGUCUAUCCAAGCCAGGAAAGUGAGGCUUUUGACCCAUAUGAAGAGAUUUUUGAAGACAGUGACAAUGCCAUUAAUCCUUCAGCCACUAAUCAGAGAUGCCGCAUUCACCCAAUGGAUAUUCAGAUGGCAAUUUAUCACUGUGCAGACGAUUUGGCCAGGCAAUAUAUUUUAGCCAAACUUUCCACUUGUCAAUUUGCCCUUCCUCUUGUGGUGCCCAACCCCUCCUCUUCUCAGAUUGAAUUCUCUCUCUGGUCUCUCAGUCAAAUUAGACGAAGUUGGCAGCAAGCAGGAAAAUCAGCAAAUGGGAAGAACAAUUACAAGAAUAUGCAGAUGUGUCGUGUAUCUACCUCCAUUGUGUCCUUCAUUCGAGUUGGAAAUGGUUUCUCUGCUUCCAAAUCUCAGAUCAUGAACUCUCUUCUCAGUAAACGUAAACACGAUGUCUUCUUUCACAGACACUGCAGUGGGAGCAGCAAAGACUGUCUCCUGAUGGGGGGUGUGGUAGAAAUCUGCUGGUUCUGUCCAGGGAACAAAGAUAAGAACACAUUUGACAAGUGCGUGACCUUCACCAAUCUCCAUGGAGAUGCAAAGGAACAUGAACAACAGCUCACUUUCCUGCAGGAAGUCUCUUCUCUCAUUGUGGUCCUCAUGUCAGCUUCUGAUAGCAAUAAAGAAAACCGAAAAAUUGUCCAUAACUUGUGCCAGUCAUCAAAACCUUUGAUCUGUUUGCUCGAUGACAAAGAAAAAACUAUGACCAGUAAUUCCAGCCAGAAAGUGAGAAUUGGGAUCAAGAACAGAAAUGAGGCAGAAUUAACAGAAGAGCUCACGUGUACAAUCAGACGUUUACUAGAGCUAUCUAACACGGCUCUCAGCUUAGAGGACUGUGCCCAUAUUGCUCGUAAGCAAGGAUUCCUAAUAGAUGAAGACCAGAGAGAUUGCAAGGAAGCUAAAGAAAAGGCACAGACUCUAAAUGCCCUCUUGGGAGAAAUGGAGUUAUCUAAGAUAAAGGAAAACUUACUACCCCUUCAGGGAAAACUAUGGCAUCUUUGGUGUAAGAAGGACAAAGAACUCUAUUAUCUCAGAGAGAAGGGGAACCGGAGUAUUGAGCAACAUAAGAGUGAGAUUGAGACAGACAAACAAAGAAUACGACAUGAGCAGUUCAGGAAAGCCUUUCCUCUCAAUGCUUUAAUGAGAUCUUUCCUUGAAAUAUUGCAAGAUCAUUCAGAAACCCACAACAAACUCUACUUCCUGCAGUGGCUGUGUGUGUUUUUGGACACCCUCACUAUACAACACUUGGAAAAAUUGCGUGAGGAGCAAAGUUCUUUGUGGUCACUGGUACAAACUGAAAAGCAAAAGGCACCAAACAGCAACUCCCUCAGACACUGGCAGAAUGAGUUAGAAGCCAUCUCAAAGAACAUUAGUGACAGUACCUUGGGAACUGAGCACCUUCUCAGAGAAGUUGGACAGAUCUAUGAAGCACUGGAAGAAGCUUGCUCUACAAGAGAUGAACUUUUCCUCUCCCUUCCCCAAAUUGCAGCUGACCUGAUGAUAUCUGGGGUUCCCAUUGAGCUGAUGGAUGGGGACACUUCUUAUGUCCCACUGAAGUGGGUAGCUGCUGUUUUUGACAGGGUCUGUGAGAAACUUGGAGACAAACGGCUAUUUGUGCUCUCUAUUCUUGGCCUACAGAGCUCAGGGAAGUCCACCCUUCUGAAUGCACUUUUUGGACUGCAGUUCACUGUCAGUGCAGGGAGGUGUACCCGGGGGGCCUACAUGCAACUCCUAAAGGUAGAGGAGUCAUUCAAAGAGGAACUUGGCUUUGAGUUUGUCCUUGUUGUAGACACAGAAGGACUUCGGGCACCAGAACUCAGCACCAAAUCACAGAAUUGGGAUAAUGAGUUAGCAACCUUUGUCAUUGGACUUGGAAACUUGACUCUGAUCAAUAUUUUUGGAGAGAAUCCAGCAGAGAUGCAGGAUAUUCUACAAAUAGUUGUGCAAGCCUUUCUCAGGAUGAAACAAGUAAAAAUCUCCCCAAGUUGCCUGUUUGUGCAUCAGAAUGUGGGGGAAGUUACAGCUAAAGACCAAACUAUGGAAGGACGAAGGUGGCUAGAGCAGAGACUAGAUGAAAUGGCAGCAACAGCGGCUGAACAAGAACAGUGCUCGGAUGUAACCUGCUUCAGUGAUGUCAUCAAGUUUGAUAUCAGCACUCACGUGUACUACUUUGCUCACCUCUGGGAUGGCAAUCCCCCAAUGGCCCCUCCUAAUCCUCACUAUAGCCACAACGUCCAGGAACUGAAAAGCAGAAUACUUGGGACUGCCAAGAAGGAAUCCAGGGGCAGCAUCAUGAAGAUAUCAGAAGCAAAAUUCCGAGUUCAAGAUUUAUGGAGGGCCUUGGUGAGUGAAAACUUUAUUUUCAGUUUCAGGAACACUCAAGAGGUCAUGGCUAUGAGCAAACUGGAAACAAUGUAUAACCACUGGACCUGGGAGCUAAGGAGCCACGUGCUGGACUUGCAGGACAAGCUGACCAACCAGAUUCAGAAUGGAAAAAUCCAGACCCUCAGAACCAGUGAAGUUGAAGCUCCAGUGACAAAAAAAUAUGAUGCUAUCAAGCAAGACCUUGAUAAAUAUUUUAAUGAGGAUCCAGAUAAUGAAACACUGGUUCAGUGGAAAGCAAGAUUUGAAAGUAAGUUGAGAGUGGUUAAAGAGGCACUUAUUUCAGAGAUUAAAAGAAAAGCUGAUGAACUUAUUCAUUUAAAGAAAAGCCACUUAAAAUUGGAAGAGAAAAAGUCAGCUUAUGAUAAUGACAUCUUGGAAAGAAGCCGACAGUUGGCUUUAACUGUUAAGGGCAAGGAACUGAGUGAGGAAGAUCUACACAAGAAGUUCAAUCAGCUUUGGAAAGAAUGGGUCUAUGAUAUAGCCUCAAUCCCGUCUCCUGCUAUAGAGCCUGACAUUGAUGUGGAUUCUGAAAACAUUCUCUUAGAGUAUUUCAAAAAGGAGAAAAACAUAGUGGACAUUGUAAAGGAUAAUUCUAAAGAGCACUUUCGAAUUAAGCAUGAUAUAUAUAUCAAAAAGAAGAAGUUAGCAUGGAGAAGGACAGUAGAGACCCAUGAUGAAGAGUCCAUAAAAAUGACUACUAAUUACAUUUUUUCAAGAUUUACUGAAAUUAUUAAUAAUUUUAGAAGGCAACGGCGUGAUUACAAUCCAAGUUAUUUCUACGAAAUCCUGAGACUGAUAGAGGAGGAGGUGACAUCUGCAUCCACUGAGGAAAGCUACACAUUCACAAGUAGAUACAAAAUUGACUUAUCUUUGUAUUUGUUCCAAAGAGCAUCAGAGAAUUUUAAAGAGAUGCACAGGGAAUUCAAGAGAGCCAGUGAUCCUGUAAACUAUCUGGAAAGCAAGAAAGAUGAUUUCUUCAUGAGUUUUAAGAUCUCCUGCCAAGGAGCAACUUCCAUCAAAGCGUUUGUUGAAUUUCUGUGGCAUAAGCUCAUUCCCGCUAUCUCCACCACCAUAUGGAAUAAAAUGCCCUCUAAAAUGGCUGGGGAUAUACGAGCUACCUUCCCUGCGUUCAAUGGGAACAGGGCUAAUCUGGAGAAACACAUUCUCAUCUGUCUAGCAGAGGAAGAAAACUUUGAUAAUUACUGUGAGUACCUUCAUAAUCCAAAAUAUUUCUUUAGGAAUUAUAUUGAAAAAAAUAUUCGAAUAUAUUUUUCAGGCAAAGGAGGUGAAAAAAUGAAGACUUUUUUAAAAAUCAGUUUAGAUGACAUAAAAAAUGUCAUACUCUCUGCCAUUCAUGAAUCCACUGCAAUAGUUAAAGAUAAAAGAAGUACUGCAUCUGAAUGGUUGGAUUUAUUCUGUGAUCACUUGGAAAACAACUUGGUCUUUCCACGAAAAGACUUGGUAAGCAUUGAACAUCAGGAGAUAAAUGAUAUUCAAUUUUUCAAGGAAGUAAUGAGUGAAGCUUUGGAUCCCGCAAUGGAAAGAGUAGAACAGAAUUGUUUGAGUAUGUCUGUAGAGGAAAUGGUUCCUGAAAUUGAGAAAAUGCUGUCUGAGCAUCUCUGUGGUUGCUGGAAACAGUGUCCUUUCUGUAGAGCAGUUUGUACAAACACAAUUCCUGCACAUGAAGGAGACCACAGUGUUUCUUUCCACCGUCCUCAGGCUGUGAUUGGAUCAGAGUGGUGUACAAAAACAUUCAACAUACUGACUAAAACAGACCAGUUUGUCAUUAAUUGUUGUUCUAGUUUGGUAGCAAGUGAUUGUUUUUUGCUUUUGAACAACGGCUCUGAAAUCCUGUAUAAGAACUAUCGAGAGGCAGGUGGGGAUUGCGCCCUAUGGAGUAUCACCCCAGACUCAUCCAUGCAGCCAUACUGGAAAUGGUUUGUCUGUCAUUUCAGAUCAAACCUAGAAGAAAAAUAUCAGAAAAAAUUCACAGGUAGAGGUAAAAUUCCGGAUGCAUGGGCUAAAAUCACAAAGCAGGAUGUCCUGGAUGACUUAAAAAAACAAUAA